AAUAGCAAGAGUCCGAGGAGCAGUGGAGGCGGACUCAAUGAGGAAAUGAGAAGACUGGCCCAAGAUGGAGGCAACCGCGGCCGCUGCAGCGUGACAGGAACCUCAUGGCACCAGCCUGGUCUCACCUCAGCCCAUCUUGACAAAGUCUUAGGCUCCAUGGAGCCUCCACGGGGCCUCCCUGCCAAUGGGGCUGAACCGUCCCGGACAGUGGGCACUGUCAAAGUAUACUUACCCAACAAGCAACGCACGGUGGUAACUGUCCGGGAUGGCAUGAGUGUCUACGACUCUCUAGACAAGGCCCUGAAGGUGAGAGGUCUCAAUCAGGAUUGCUGUGUGGUUUACCGGCUCAUCAAGGGGAGAAAGACAGUCACUGCCUGGGACACAGCCAUUGCCCCUUUGGAUGGUGAAGAGCUCAUUGUGGAGGUUCUCGAAGAUGUCCCACUGACCAUGCAUAAUUUUGUACGGAAGACCUUCUUCAGCCUGGCAUUCUGUGACUUCUGCCUUAAGUUUCUGUUCCAUGGUUUCCGCUGCCAAACCUGUGGCUACAAGUUCCACCAGCAUUGUUCCUCCAAGGUGCCCACAGUCUGUGUCGACAUGAGCACCAACCGCCAACAGUUCUACAACAGUGUCCAUGAUUUGUCUGGAGGCUCCAGACACCACGAGGCUCCCCUGAAUCUCCCCUUGAAUGAGCCACUAAGUCCUCAGGGUCCCAGCUCCUGCACUCAGAACUGCAGCCCUGAGCACUUCCCCUUCCCUGCUCCAGCCAAUGCUCCCCUCCAGCGCAUCCGGUCCACAUCCACCCCCAAUGUCCAUAUGGUCAGCACCACAGCCCCCAUGGACUCUAGCCUCCUCCAGUUCACUGCCCAGAAUUUCAGCACUGAUGCUGUUGGUGGUAAAGGUGGUGGUGAUGGAGCCCCGCGUGUGAGCCCCAACCUAGCCAAUGUGUCCUCGGGGAGGAAGUCUCCACAUUCCAAGUCCCCAUCAGAACAGCGGGAGCGGAAAUCCUUGGCUGAUGAGAAAAAGAAAGUGAAGAAUCUGGGGUACCGGGACUCGGGCUAUUACUGGGAGGUGCCACCCAGUGAGGUGCAGCUGCUGAAGAGGAUCGGGACAGGCUCGUUUGGCACUGUGUUUCGCGGGCGGUGGCAUGGUGAUGUGGCCGUGAAGGUUCUCAAGGUCGCCCAACCCACAGCCGAGCAGGCUCAGGCCUUCAAGAACGAGAUGCAGGUGCUCAGGAAAACUCGACAUGUCAACAUCUUGCUGUUCAUGGGCUUCAUGACCCGACCGGGAUUUGCCAUCAUCACACAGUGGUGUGAAGGCUCCAGCCUCUACCACCACCUGCAUGUGGCCGACACACGCUUCGACAUGGUCCAGCUCAUUGAUGUAGCCCGGCAGACUGCCCAGGGCAUGGACUACCUCCAUGCCAAGAACAUCAUCCACCGAGAUCUCAAGUCUAACAAUAUCUUCCUACACGAGGGGCUCACCGUGAAGAUUGGUGAUUUCGGCCUGGCCACAGUGAAGACACGCUGGAGUGGGGCCCAACCAUUGGAGCAGCCUUCAGGCUCUGUGCUAUGGAUGGCGGCAGAGGUGAUUCGAAUGCAGGACCCGAACCCGUACAGCUUCCAGUCAGAUGUCUAUGCCUACGGGGUUGUGCUGUACGAGCUGAUGACCGGUUCACUGCCUUAUAGCCACAUCGGUAGCCGUGACCAGAUUAUCUUUAUGGUUGGCCGUGGCUAUCUGUCCCCGGACCUCAGCAAAAUCUCCAGCAACUGCCCCAAAGCCAUGCGGCGCCUGCUGUCUGACUGCCUCAAGUUCAAGAGGGAGGAGCGGCCUCUCUUCCCCCAGAUCCUGGCCACGAUUGAGCUGCUGCAGCGGUCACUCCCCAAGAUUGAGCGGAGUGCCUCCGAACCCUCCUUGCACCGCACCCAGGCUGAUGAGUUGCCUGCCUGCUUACUCAGCGCAGCCCGCCUAGUGCCUUAGGCUCUGCCCAAGCCACCAGGGAGCCAGUCUCAGCCUGCCAUGCCAAGGAGUCCUGCCCACUGACCAAUCAGUGCUCCCUCUCUGCUCAACACUGCCUCAGGAGUCCCUCAUCCCUACCCUGGGAGAUGAGCGAGUCCCCAGUUUCUUUUCCAGUUGCUCUGGAAUUAGGCUCCCCAAAGACUCAGAGCCCUGCUGCCUCCAUAAUUUGGUUUCCUCUUGACUUUGGAGAUACUUUAAAUUUGAGAGAUCCUCCAUCAUCUCCAAUGGCUGGGAUUUGUGACUGGGAUUCCACUCAAUCUCUCUGGACUUUGUACCUGAAGUGCCUUCCACUGGAUUUGGGGUCCCCAGCACCCGUGUGGAUGGGGGGGCGGCUUCUGUGUCUUCCCAAAGACCCUCCCCCCUUUCUUCACCAAGAAGCACAGAAUUCUG